GUGGGCGCCCCCCCGCGCCUGACGAUGCCAGAGCCGGAGGGCGAGGAGGGCGAGGAGGGCGAGGAGGGCGAGGAGGGCGAGGAGGGCGAGGAGGGCGAGGAGGGCGAGGAGGGUGGCGGCGGCCGUGGUUUGGGCCAGGCCGAGCCCGCAGAGGUGCUGCAAGCGCAGGCUGCACAGGCGCGGGCUGCUGUGCCGCAGCUGUUGCCGCCAUCGCAGCAGCAGCAGCAGCAGCAGCAGCAGCAGCAGCAGCAGCAGAUGCCCCCACCAGCGAAGAUGCCGGCUGACCCUGACGUGGCCGCAGCAUUGACAGCCGCUAUCGAGGGCAUCAACCGCAUCUCGCUGACGCCGCUCCCGAUCAACAACCCAGUUGUCAAGCUGACCAGCAUGGACGCCCUGAUGGACAGCAUUCAGAGCAUGACAAUCAACUAG